AUGUCGACGACGCAGCCUAGAUAUGGCAACACCAACACUAAUAUAGUGUCGACGCAGCCUAGAGAUGGCAACACCAACACUAAUAUAGUGUCGACGCAGCCUAGAGAUGGCAACACCAACACUAAUAUAGUGUCGACACAGCCUAGAUAUGGCAACACCAACACUAAUAUAGUGUCGACGCAGCCUAGAUAUGGCAACACCAACACUAAUAUAGUGUCGACGCAGCCUAGAUAUGGCAACACCAACACAAAUAUAGUGUCGACGCAGCCUAGAGAUGGCAACACCAACACUAAUAUAGUGUCGACGCAGCCUAGAGAUGGCAACACCAACACUAAUAUAGUGUCGACUCAGCCUAGAGAUGGCAACACCAACACUAAUAUAGUGUCGACGCAGCCUAGAUAUGGCAACACCAACACUAAUAUAGUGUCGACGCAGCCUAGAGAUGGCAACACCAACACUAAUAUAGUGUCGACGCAGCCUAGAUAUGGCAACACCAACACUAAUAUAGUGUCGACGCAGCCUAGAGAUGGCAACACCAACACUAAUAUAGUGUCGACGCAGCCUAGAGAUGGCAACACCAACACUAAUAUAGUGUCGACACAGCCUAGAGAUGGCAACACCAACACUAAUAUAGUGUCGACACAGCCUAGAUAUGGCAACACCAACACUAAUAUAGUGUCGACACAGCCUAGAGAUGGCAACACCAACACUAAUAUAGUGUCGACGCAGCCUAGAUAUGGCAACACCAACACUAAUAUAGUGUCGACGCAGCCUAGAUAUGGCAACACCAACACUAAUAUAGUGUCGACGCAGCCUAGAUAUGGCAACACCAACACUAAUAUAGUGUCGACGCAGCCUAGAUAUGGCAACACCAACACUAAUAUAGUGUCGACGCAGCCUAGAUAUGGCAACACCAACACUAAUAUAGUGUCGACACAGCCUAGAUAUGGCAACACCAACACUAAUAUAGUGUCGACACAGCCUAGAUAUGGCAACACCAACACUAAUAUAGUGUCGACACAGCCUAGAGAUGGCAACACCAACACUAAUAUAGUGUCGACGCAGCCUAGAGAUGGCAACACCAACACUAAUAUAGUGUCGACGCAGCCUAGAUAUGGCAACACCAACACUAAUAUAGUGUCGACGCAGCCUAGAUAUGGCAACACCAACACUAAUAUAGUGUCGACACAGCCUAGAUAUGGCAACACCAACACUAAUAUAGUGUCGACACAGCCUAGAUAUGGCAACACCAACACUAAUAUAGUGUCGACACAGCCUAGAUAUGGCAACACCAACACUAAUAUAGUGUCGACACAGCCUAGAUAUGGCAACACCAACACUAAUAUAGUGUCGACACAGCCUAGAGAUGGCAACACCAACACUAAUAUAGUGUCGACACAGCCUAGAUAUGGCAACACCAACACUAAUAUAGUGUCGACACAGCCUAGAUAUGGCAACACCAACACUAAUAUAGUGUCGACACAGCCUAGAUAUGGCAACACCAACACUAAUAUAGUGUCGACACAGCCUAGAUAUGGCAACACCAACACUAAUAUAGUGUCGACACAGCCUAGAUAUGGCAACACCAACACUAAUAUAGUGUCGACGCAGCCUAGAGAUGGCAACACCAACACUAAUAUAGUGUCGACGCAGCCUAGAGAUGGCAACACCAACACUAAUAUAGUGUCGACGCAGCCUAGAUAUGGCAACACCAACACUAAUAUAGUGUCGACGCAGCCUAGAUAUGGCAACACCAACACUAAUAUAGUGUCGACGCAGCCUAGAGAUGGCAACACCAACACUAAUAUAGUGUCGACGCAGCCUAGAUAUGGCAACACCAACACUAAUAUAGUGUCGACGCAGCCUAGAUAUGGGAACACCAACACUAAUAUAGUGUCGACGCAGCCUAGAGAUGGCAACACCAACACUAAUAUAGUGUCGACGCAGCCUAGAGAUGGCAACACCAACACUAAUAUAGUGUCGACGCAGCCUAGAGAUGGCAACACCAACACUAAUAUAGUGUCGACGCAGCCUAGAGAUGGCAACACCAACACUAAUAUAGUGUCGACGCAGCCUAGAUAUGGCAACACCAACACUAAUAUAGUGUCGACGCAGCCUAGAGAUGGCAACACCAACACUAAUAUAGUGUCGACGCAGCCUAGAGAUGGCAACACCAACACUAAUAUAGUGUCGACGCAGCCUAGAUAUGGCAACACCAACACUAAUAUGGUGUCAACGCAGCCUAGAGAUGGCAACACCAACACUAAUAUAGUGUCGACGCAGCCUAGAUAUGGCAACACCAACACUAAUAUGGUGUCAACGCAGCUUAACCUCACAAACCGCUUCUCCGAAGUCUGGUUCAUGUUUUGA